CAGCGCGGGUGCGCGGCGGGGCCGGUGGCCGGAGGGAAUGUCUAGCCGUUCGAAAAGGGAGACGCGGAGCUCCGCCCGGGGCAAGCGGGAUGGGGAGUCCCGGAGCAGCUCGAGUCGGUCGAAGCGGGAGCGGGAUUCGGACGGCACGGGAUCUCGGGGGAGCCCGGUGCGCGUGAAACGGGAACGGAACUCGGAGCCGGCGGCUGCGCGAGACUAUUCGGGCGGAAGCGUGCCCGCACUCGUGCCCGCGCCGUCGCUACCGGGGGCGCGCGUGAAGCGGGAGCGCGAGGCCGACGAGGACUCGGAGCCGGAGCGGGAGGUGCGAGUGCGAUAUGGACGCUUAGACACUGAGGAUCGACGGAGCCGCCAUUGCCCCUACCUGGACACCAUUAACAGGAGCGUCCUGGACUUUGACUUUGAAAAACUGUGCUCCAUUUCGCUUUCACACAUCAAUGCAUACGCCUGCCUGGUGUGUGGCAAAUACUUUCAGGGACGAGGAUUGAAAUCACAUGCCUACAUUCACAGUGUCCAGUUCAGCCACCAUGUUUUCCUUAAUCUGCACACCCUCAAGUUUUACUGCCUUCCAGACAACUACGAAAUCAUUGACUCCUCCCUGGAGGACAUCACUUAUGUCCUGAAGCCCACGUUCACCAAGCAACAGAUUUCAAACUUGGACAAGCAGGCCAAGCUGUCUCGGGCUUAUGAUGGUACCACAUACCUGCCUGGUAUCGUAGGGCUGAAUAAUAUCAAGGCCAAUGACUAUGCCAAUGCCGUGCUUCAGGCGCUGUCCAACGUCCCCCCACUCCGGAACUACUUCCUUGAAGAAGAGAAUUACAAGGAUAUCAAGCGUCCUCCCGGGGACAUCAUGUUCUUAUUGGUGCAGCGGUUUGGAGAGCUGAUGAGAAAACUGUGGAAUCCUCGGAAUUUCAAGGCUCAUGUCUCUCCCCACGAGAUGCUCCAGGCCGUCGUCCUGUGCAGCAAGAAAACUUUUCAGAUCACUAAGCAAGGUGAUGGGGUAGACUUUCUUUCCUGGUUCCUGAAUGCCUUGCGUUCAGCUCUCGGGGGGACAAAGAAGAAAAAGAAGACUAUUGUGACAGAUGUUUUCCAGGGGUCCAUGAGAAUCUUCACUAAGAAACUGCCACACCCAGAUUUGCCAGCAGAAGAGAAAGAACAGUUACUUCAUAAUGACGAGUACCAGGAGACUAUGGUUGAGUCCACCUUCAUGUACCUGACCUUGGACCUUCCCACUGCCCCACUUUACAAGGAUGAGAAGGAGCAGCUCAUCAUCCCCCAGGUGCCGCUCUUCAACAUCUUGGCCAAGUUCAACGGCAUCACUGAAAAGGAAUACAAGACGUACAAGGAGAACUUUCUGAAGCGCUUCCAGCUCACCAAGCUGCCCCCGUAUCUUAUCUUUUGUAUUAAAAGGUUCACGAAGAACAACUUCUUUGUGGAGAAGAACCCGACCAUCGUCAACUUCCCCAUCACAAAUGUGGACCUGAGGGAAUAUCUGUCUGAGGAAGUUCAGGCUGUGCACAGGAACACCACCUAUGACCUCAUCGCCAACAUCGUGCAUGACGGGAAGCCCACCGAGGGCUCUUACCGGAUUCAUGUGCUUCACCACGGGACAGGCAAGUGGUAUGAACUCCAGGACCUGCAAGUCACUGACAUCCUGCCCCAGAUGAUCACACUUUCAGAGGCCUACAUCCAGAUAUGGAAGAGACGGGAUAGCGACGAGACCAACCAGCAGGGGGCUUGAGGAUGUGGCAGGAGCUGGCAGAACCCGGGCCAGCCAGGCCUUCGGAGGAGGGCACGGGGGCCCGGCCUUCCUGCUCUCUGUCCCCCUUUCAGACUCCAGCGUGAUUCUGUCUUCCAUUCCCAGCAGCCUGGCGCUCCUACAGAUGUAAUUUAUUUCUUGGGCCGCUUACUGAAGUACCUGAGAGAAACGGGGAGUUGCUCCUGGGACGCUCCCUGCCCCAGAGCGGGCCAGAGAGCCUUCUCGAGCUGCUUCCCCAUGAGGAGGCGACCUUCCCUUUUGGGUAAUUUGUGUUCUGAAGCAGAUUAAACACGUGCUCUUCUUAAA